AUGUCGCUGCUUGCAAAGUGCCGGCCGUACUUUCAGAGAGCUGAGGAGCUCGCUGAGCAUGAACCGGCCGUUGCAUACUAUUGCCGCUUACACGCCAUCGAACAGUUGAUGCGUGCACAUCAGAAAGGUGAGGCCUCCGGGGAGGAGAAGAACUUGUUGCUUGCAGAGUUGCAAAAAGCCGAAGACGUCAAGAAGUCCUUAAACAUUUCAAGCAGCGAUGGACAAGGUACGGUGGAAUCCUUUGCCUUGCGGGUGUUCGACGCUGCAGAUGCUUCUGACAGAUCUGCACGGGACAAGACCGGGCAAGCAGCAGCGGUUUCCAAGCUCUAUGCAGCAGCUCUUUUCCUGGAUGUGUGUGCUCAAUUUCAUGAUGGCGAGCUUCCUCCUGACCUGGCUGAAAAGGCUCGAUAUGCCAGAUUCAGAGUUGUUCAAAUUAGGGAGGGAUUGAAGCAGGGGAUCCCCUCGUAUCCCAGUGACCCUGGUGCAGCAUCAGGGUCGUUGGGGGAGGAAUCCGAGACCGCCGUGCCUGGGCCUUCAGCUGCCUAUGCAGCAAGCCCGGCGGCUCCGGCGGCCCCGUGCCCACCCGUCACCCAGAGUCCCAGUCCCAUGCCGGCAGGCUUCGCACCACAGGGCACAGGUCCAAUGCGUGACAAGGCCCGAGAACAGUUGGAAUUGGCCUCCUCGGCUUUGGAUUUCAGGGACGUCGCAACGGCACGCAAGUGUCUGCAAGAAGCUUUGCGGCUCCUAGGCUGA